UAUUUCGGUCUUGUGUUUUCCAAUAAAGCUUCCGACCAAAAGGCCACCGUAAUUGACAAGUAGAGGGAGAGAGUGGCAGCAAAAUACCCAUUGCACUGCAGAACUUUCCCCAUGUAAUCGGACUGAACCGAAAUCGCGCCGCCAAAUCCAUUCCAAUCUCUCUCUUCCCCUUUCCCCACAAUUUCCUUUUUCAUCGAUCCCGCCCCGUUAGCGUUAGAACAUCAUAAAUUAUUACAAGAUUAAUUAAACCCCAUUUUGGAAAAUACAAAUGGGCGUCUCCUUCAAAAUCUCGGUAAAGGGUAAAAGGUUUCGUUCAAAGCCGUGUAUUACUCGAUCCAGGAGCACUGCCGUUGAUUAUGACGAAUUUAAGGAUGGGUCGAGGGUUUUAUCGAAGAACGAAUCUUCUCCUGCUCCAAAACUUGACAGUGAAGAAACUGAAAGAAGUGGGGAUGUAAAUGGGGUGACUGCGUCUUUAAAUCAUCUAAUUCCAGAAAAUGGAGUUUCCUUCACAUUAAACCUGUUUCGAGAUGGAUAUUCUAUCGGAAAGCCAUCAGAGAUUGUGCCUACGCACCCAAAUACUCUACAAGACAAUUCAAAGUUGUUACUUCCUUAUGACAGGAAAUCCGAAAACUUGUUUUCUGCUAUUGAAUGUGGCCGAUUGCCUGGAGAUAUUCUUGAUGAUAUACCUUGCAAAUACGUUGAUGGCACAAUUGUUUGUGAGGUGCGAGAUUUUCGUGGAUGUCCACCCGAACAGGGGCCUGGUGCUCGAUCGACUGCUAAUGUCAAUAAGAUACAUCUUAGGAUGUCCUUGGAAAAUGUGGUAAAAGAUAUUCCAUUAAUUUCAGAUAAUUCAUGGACUUAUGGCGAUCUGAUGGAAGUGGAGUCCCGGAUUCUUAAGGCGUUGCAACCGAAACUUAAUCUUAACCCUGCUCCUAAGUUCGAUAGGCUCUGCAGCAUCCCAGUUCCUAUGAAGCUCAACGUUUCUCAUUACGCUGAGCGGAGGAAGCGAUUGAGACAGCUUUCGGAAGUAUCGGUCUCAUCUAAUAGUAGGUUUGAGAAGAAGAUUUGCAUAGACAGAGUGUCUGAAAGUUUUAAUACCAGGUUGGGAGAUUCAGGAGCUGUUUCUGGAAAUUUGAGUUUAAAUGAGAUGUUAUCGUCAAGACCAAAGAACUUUACUACUUUGGAUGCUUCUCUUCCAGCACAACCGGCGGUAUCGACAUCUCAAUCUAGGUAUUCCGUGGGCAGUGGAACUCCAAGAGGUAUGCUCGAUCAAGUAGCCGGGUCAGUUCUUAAUCCGUCUGGUGUUUCCCCUACGGGGCAAGAAAUGAUCUCGUAUGCAGAUAAUUUGAACGCUGAUGUCUCUCUUCAUGGAAAGAGGGAAACUCAAGAUGGGCAAACGUCACCCUUGUCCCGUUUUAAUAAGAGACCAAGGCCAUCUCUUAUGGGCGUCGAUGGAAUUCAAUCGCACCAAUUUUCUUCGAUGGACGGCCCCCAUGGAACUGACAUGAAUUGGAAGAAUAUGUUGCAACAGCAAGAAAUAGCAAGAGGUAUUCAGUACUCAAACCCAGGAGUUCAAAAUUUUUCUCAGCAGAUGCUUGAAGGAGUCCUGAAUCAGGACUUCGUGCAAAUACCGUUUGCUACUGGACAAUCGGCUAUACGAUAUGUAGCCAAGGAAGAGCAGUUUGAGUCAGAAAAGAUGGAUGGACCUGACCUCGGUCGAAGCAAAACCGAUAUGCAAAUGACGGAAACCGAAAACCACCUAGAUCCUCAGCAUCCACAGGUUCAGCAACGACCUCCACAGCAAGCAUUUGUGAGAUCUAAUCUCUCUCAGCCUCCUUGGAAUAAUUUUGGUCAGCAUGUGGGGAAGGUAGCAAGAAAGGAGGACCAAGUAUCGAAAAGAAAAUCAGUUCAAAGUCCUCGUGUGUCAGCAGGAGCUAUGGCUCAACCAUCGAUGUCGAAAUCGGGGGAAAUCUCUAGCGGUUCAUGUGGACCACAGUAUGGAGUGCCUGCAAAUAUUUCAGCACAAAAGGAUAAGCCUGGCAUUAUAGCUCAUAUUGGAGGAACUCCAUCCUUGACUUCGAGUGCUAAUGAUUCGAUGCAAAGGCAACAUCAAGCCCAAUUGGCUGCGAAGCAACGAUCAAAAUCCCUCCCGAAAACGCCAGUAAUGAGCGGAGUUGGAUCUCCUGCUAGUGUUGGUAAUAUCAGUGUUCCCCUGAAUGCAAAUAGUCCUUCAGUUGGAACCCCACCUUUUGCUGGUCUAACCAUGAUUGAAAGAUUCUCAAAGAUUGAAAUGGUGACUGCAAGGCAUCAGCUCAACCUUAAAAAGAGUAAGGUCAACAACUAUCCUAUCCAAAAAACAAGCACGUUUCCAGCUCACAAUCUUGCGACCCAUCUGGCAAACUCAUCGAUUAACGACGACUUAAAAGAUGACGUUUGUGCGAGGAAGAUGUCAAAGUCCCGAACUGGCGGCAGCUUAAAUGCCUGCAAAAGAAGGGUGUUAACUUUUAUGCUGCAAGACCGUAUACCUCAAGGAAUGGUUCCAUAUGCUACUAGGUUACGAUGUCGGGUAAUCCUGUCGGAAAAGCCUAACGAUGGAACGGUAGCAAUUACCUACGAAGAUAUAGAUGAUAGCAUUUUUUUUUAUGUUGAAGAUCUUCUUCCGACAUUGCCAAAUACUCUUUCGGCAGAUUUACUUGCGGAGCAAUUAUCUUCCUUGAUGGUUCAUGAAGGGUAUGAUCUUAUUGAAGAUAAUAUUCAAGUUAGGCCAACCCGGAUGAACCCGUCCCACAGCAGUCAUUCAAAUGCUGCUGGUCUUCCUCAUAUUAAUCCAGCAGCGGAAAUGCAGAGUUAUGGAGAAGCUUUUCCGGGUCAAGGGUCGAAUGAAGUUCCGAAGCCGAGCAUUAACAGUAAUGCGUCUCUGCUCAACGCCUCCCAUAGUCUUCUAGGAAACACAAGGAUGUUGCCUCCUGGAAACGCCCAUGCGAUGCAGAUGUCUCAAGGAAUUUUGGCCGGGGUUUCAUUACCCGCAAGGCCGCAACAGAUGGAAGCAGCCCAAUCUUCGAUGCAACAGCAGCUGCAGCAAUCGCCACAGGCAUCGCAGCAGCAGAAUCAGCAAAACCUGAUUCAAACACAGCAGCAUCAACAGUUCCAGAGAUCGAUGAUGCUUGGAACAAGCCAGCUUUCACAUUUGAAUGCCAUUGGUGCGAAUUCGAAUGUUCAAUUGGGUACUAACAUGGCGAACAAGUCAUCCAUUCCGCUUCAUCUAUUACAGCAGCAGCAGCAACAAUCACAGAUGCAGAGGAAAAUGAUUAUGGGAGCUGUGGGUAUGGGCGGUAUGAACAACAACAUGGUGGGACUUGGAAGCCUUGGCAGUUCAAUGGGUGUAGGAGCCACCAGAGGAAUAGGAGGAACUGGACUACAAGCACCCCCCAUGGGUUCUAUUCCAGCCAUGGGCAAUGCAGGUCAAAAUCCAAUGAACUUAACCCAGGCAUCUAAUUUUAACAACACUCUCAGUCAGCAAUUUCGAGCGGGAACGUUAACAGCAGCGCAGGUACAACAAGCUGCUUAUAAAUUCAGGAUGGCGCAGAACCGAGGCAUGCUCGGUGCUGCCUCUCAAUCGACAAUAACUGGAAUCCCAGGAGCAAGACAGAUACAUCCAAGCUCAGCUGGACUUUCAAUGCUUGGACAAGCUCUGAACCGUGCUAGCCUGACCCCAAUGCAACGAACAGUAGUACCUAUGGGUCCUCCAAAGUUGACGCCGGGAAUAAACCCGUACGUGAAUCAGCAACAGCAGCAAAUGCAACCGCAGCAACAGCAACAACAACCGCAGCAACAGCAACAACAACCUCAGCAGCAGCUGCUGCAACAACCUCAGCAGCAGCAGCUACAACAGCAGCCUGAAACAACACCACCACUUCAGGCUGUCGUUUCGCCACAGCAGGUAGGUUCACCUUCAACCGUGGUGGUCCAACAACAGCAGCAGCAACAGCAGCAAUCAGCUAGCCCACAACAAACUAUUCAGAAAACUCCGAUGAGCCCGCAGCAAAUGAGCUCGGGUGCAGUCCAUGCCCUUGGCGCUGGCAAUCAGGAGGUUUGCCCCGCUAGCCCGCAGUUGAGUUCACAAACCCUUGGUUCAGUCAGUAGUAUUGCAAAUUCUCCCAUGGACAUGCAAGGUGUCAACAAGAGUAACUCUGUAAAUAAUCCAUGAAGUAGAAUUGUUUGAGGCUAUUAACAAUAGAAGUAGAUCCUUGAGAACUUCUUAUCAAGAUAUGUACAGUUUAACGGACGAAAAAUAUUUGUAGAUUUGUUAGGAGCUUAAGAAGGGAUUGAAACUAUGUGGUAUUAAAUUUUGUCGGGUAAC